GAUGUCUUACCCUUCGACGUUAAAUGCAAAACAGGCCUCACGGGAACAUAUUUUGGCUGUUUCCAGAGAUUUUGUAUCUCAGCCCAGACUCACUUAUAAAACGGUAUCUGGUGUCAAUGGUCCACUGGUAAUUCUGGAAGAUGUAAAGUUCCCAAAAUUCAACGAAAUUGUCCAACUUAGAUUGGCUGAUGGAACUUUAAGAUCUGGUCAAGUUUUGGAAGUCAGUGGGAAUAAAGCUGUAGUACAAGUAUUUGAAGGCACCUCAGGAAUUGAUGCCAAAAACACAGUAUGUGAAUUCACUGGUGAUAUUCUCAGAACUCCAGUAUCUGAGGAUAUGUUGGGUAGAGUGUUCAACGGAUCUGGAAAACCAAUUGAUAAAGGUCCCCCAAUUUUGGCAGAAGAUUACUUAGAUAUCCAAGGUCAACCUAUCAACCCAUGGUCACGUAUUUAUCCUGAAGAAAUGAUCCAAACUGGUAUCUCCGCCAUCGACGUAAUGAACUCCAUUGCCCGUGGCCAAAAAAUUCCCAUUUUCUCGGCCGCUGGUCUGCCUCACAACGAAAUUGCUGCUCAAAUUUGUCGACAAGCCGGUCUUGUCAAAAUUCCCGGCAAAUCUGUAUUGGAUGACCAUGAAGAUAACUUUGCUAUUGUGUUUGCUGCUAUGGGAGUUAACAUGGAAACUGCUAGGUUUUUCAAACAAGAUUUCGAAGAAAAUGGUUCCAUGGAAAAUGUAUGUCUGUUUUUGAACUUGGCUAAUGAUCCCACUAUUGAAAGAAUUAUUACACCACGUUUGGCUCUUACAGCAGCUGAAUUUUUGGCCUACCAAUGCGAAAAACACGUCCUGGUCAUAUUGACUGAUAUGUCUUCAUAUGCUGAAGCUUUGCGUGAGGUAUCCGCCGCCAGAGAAGAAGUGCCCGGUCGUCGUGGUUUCCCAGGUUACAUGUACACCGAUUUGGCCACCAUUUACGAACGUGCCGGUCGUGUCGAAGGUCGUAACGGUUCCAUUACGCAGAUUCCCAUCUUGACUAUGCCUAACGACGAUAUUACCCAUCCAAUUCCCGAUUUGACAGGUUAUAUUACCGAGGGACAGAUCUACGUAGACCGUCAAUUGCACAAUAGGCAAAUCUAUCCUCCAGUCAAUGUAUUGCCCUCUUUGUCUCGUUUGAUGAAAUCCGCCAUUGGUGAGGGUAUGACCAGGAAAGAUCACUCUGACGUUUCUAACCAACUGUAUGCCUGUUACGCUAUCGGUAAGGAUGUCCAAGCUAUGAAAGCCGUAGUAGGAGAGGAAGCUCUUACACCUGACGAUCUCCUGUACUUGGAAUUCUUAACGAAAUUCGAAAAGAACUUCAUCACUCAGGGUAACUACGAAAACCGUACCGUUUUCGAAUCAUUGGACAUCGGUUGGCAACUACUCCGUAUCUUCCCCAAGGAAAUGUUGAAACGUAUCCCAGCCAGUAUAUUGGCCGAAUUCUAUCCCAGAGACUCGCGUCAUUAGUUCUAUUAUGUAUAAAUUUUAUGUACUAUAGGGCGUUUGUUAGGUUUAUUUCGAAAAAAUAGUUGGAAGACGAUUUAAUUGUUUUGUUUUGAAAAUACUAAUAUGAAUCCUGCCGACUGCGCCAAUUUCGUGCUCUACGUUGUCAUUUAAUAACAGAAAAUGAAUCGACUUCCAAUUUUUUUUAUGUUAAAUUCUUAAGAAACCUUCUAUGUAGGGAGUUUGUUAGGUUUGUUAAAAAAAAGAAGUCCACUUGUACCGAUCAAUUGAUUUUACCAAAAUAAUUUUAAACCGAUGUUGCGGUGCAAUUUUUUGUAAAUACUUAAGAGCGUGUUUGAGAAAUGCGCUUUAUGUAUUAUAUUCAAAUGCGGGGCGAGGCACUUAGUUUGCUAUUUGCGUUUUACAAUUUCUUUAUCGCGGCUUUAGAGGACGUUCGAAAGAAUUUAAAAAAAAAAUGUGAUUUUGAUUUGAAAUUUUUACGAAAAUAUAGUUUUAUUUUUAUUUAAAAAAAGCGUUGUAGGAAGCAAUUUAGCAAAGUAGGUAGAGGAUCCACCCUGUACAUAAUUUCCUAAUUUCAAGAGUCUAAAAAUAUUUACUUAUGUACCCGUUCCAUUUAUUUAGAUGAACGUAAGACAAUACCGUUUUUAUCAUAUUUUAAGUUGACAUUUUUUUUUUGAAUGUUAAUAAUCAUUGGCACAACUAAGCCCCUAUUAUAUUAUUUGUUUCGUGGUAUCCGUGUUAAAGUGGAAAUUCUACAUUCCAUAUUUAAAUGUCAUUGCCCAUUGUAUAAAGCAAAAUGUAAACACAGCUCUGUACCAUUUUGAAGCUUUUCAGUAUUUUAAUUCUAGAUGGUGAACGGAUUCGUUUUUUUCAUGUAGGUUUUGACAUUUUCGAUGUUACUGUAAAAAUCUAAUUUUAUGUUAAAUAGAUUAGUGUACAAAAAAUGUGAAUAAACACUAUACAUAUGUU